AUGUCUUUUGCCAUGCUGCGCUCAGCACCCCCCAGCCGAUACUUGUACCCCGAGAUCAGCAUGCUGUCGGAAGACGAUGAGAAUGGCAGUGAGAGUUCAGGCUCGGACGAGAAGCCCUACCACCUGGAUACGGAUGGCUUUGGCCUCAAGGGUUCUAAGCGACGUGCAGGAGGCAAGAAGGGGAGCAGUGGUGGGGGGCGUCUGAGCCGAGAGCCCAGGCAGAGACACACAGCCAAUGCCCGAGAGCGGGAUCGCACCAACAGUGUCAACACUGCCUUCACUGCCUUGCGCACCCUUAUCCCCACGGAGCCUGCAGAUCGCAAACUGUCCAAGAUUGAAACGCUGAGGCUGGCAUCCAGCUACAUCUCCCACCUGGGCAAUGUGCUGCUGGUGGGUGAGGCCUGUGGAGAUGGGCAGCCUUGCCAUUCCACACCAGCCUUCUAUCACCAUGCUGGCGGAGCUAGUCCCCCACCCCCACCUCCACCUCCCCGGGACAGCGAGAACUCCCAGCCCAAACAGAUCUGCACCUUCUGCCUCAGCAACCAGAGAAAGUUGAGUAAAGACCGGGACAGGAAGACUGCAAUCCGGAGUUAGGAGACAAAGGUCAACUCCAGGAAGGGGGUGGGGAAGCAGAAGGAGA